UCCAAGUGCCAUGAUUUCUUCUCUCAUACUGGUUUGCGAUAUGAAUAACUAGAAGAUCAACGUCUUGCCUUGAACUGCAGUGCAUGCCUGCUACGCAAUUUUGAUGUAGUAUAAGAAUUAUUAGAAUGGGAGGAUGUUUCUUAGUUCACUGGAACUGAAUCUGUCAUCUUAUCCAGCACUGAGCUCGAUUUCAGCACACACACAGCAAUCCUAAAUGAAGUAAUAUAUUUUUUACCUACAGAUGUCUCACCUGCUAUUUGCCUUACUUUCAUUACUUUCCUUUGCUGCCCUUCUGGAAGCACAGUGGAAACUUAGAGAGAAUGCGUAUGUCAUAGAAUCUGAGUGGAACGAUGAGACACCAGCUAAAAAAGUGAAGCUCACCUGUAACACAUCUGAUGAAACACUGCCAGUUUACUGGAAAAAGGGAACAGAACUGAAAGGAACUGGAAAGACUCUGAUCGUCGAAGUGAAGGAGUUCCCAGAUGCUGGCAACUACACCUGUCUGUCAGCUAAGACACACGAGAUUAUCAGCUACAGUUUCUUCCUCAUAACUAAAGUAGACUCCUAUGGGCAAAUGAUACGGUCAAUUCUGAAAAGCUAUAAAGAGCCAAGCAAGACGUUCUUAAAAUGUGAGGCAAAGAACUACUCUGGAAUUUUCACAUGUUCAUGGAUGACAGAAAAUGAGAGUCCAAGCGUGAAGUUCACAAUCAGGAGCCUGAAAGGCUCUAAAGGAGAUGUAACCUGCAGCAGCCCCGUGGCUCACACUGAAAAAUCUGUGACUGAAUACACUGCCCAGUGCCAGAAGGAAAACUACUGUCCAUUUGCCGAAGAGCACCAGCCAACUGAGAUGUUCCUGGAGGUCAUUGAUGAGGUGGAAUAUGAGAACUACACUAGCAGCUUCUUCAUCAGAGAUAUCAUAAAGCCAGACCCACCUCAAUGUCAGUAUGCAAGCACAAAUGGAACAGUGACCUGGACAUAUCCCAGGACCUGGAGCACACCAAAGUCCUACUUCCCAUUGACUUUCAGGGUCAAAGUUGAAAGCACAAAGAAAUACAGAAGCAAGGUUUAUGAUGCUGAUGAGCAGUCUAUUCAGAUUCCAAAGACUGGGCCAAAAGACAAGAUCUCUGUGCAGGCCAGGGAUCGCUAUUACAACUCCUCCUGGAGUGAGUGGUCUACACUUUGCAGGUAAGACUCCAAGAGCCUUCUGCUGCUGGAGCAGAGGGCCAAAGCUGGACAAGUGCCCAGCCCUCAUUAGUUGAAGCCAAAUUCCCAAUCCCUG